GUGGGCGCGCUGCUGUACCCGGAAUAAACCCGCUCCCCGGAGCACGGCGCCGCGUCCGCCUGGUCUGUGCCCAGCGGCCCCCCUUCCCAGGCCUUGACCCCAGCUCUGCCCAGAGGUCAGCCCCGCCCUCCCUGCUGCUGGCCGGGUGCACAUGCUGGGACGGUGGCCUCCAGUCCCAGGCUGGCCAGCUCCGGGCCCGAGCCGUUGGCCCUAGAACCAGCAUCCUGUCACCCGCUGUGUUCCCAAAGCACUCCGUCCUGGGCCGGAGCCCUAGGACAGCGGGGAGGGCACUUGCCUUGCACAUGACUGACCCAGGUGUGAUCUCCGGAACCCUCCAUGGUCCUCCGAGCCCCUCCAGGAGUGGUUCCCCAGCGCAGACCCAGGAAAAAGUCCUGAGCAUCUCCACGUGUAGCCCCAAAAAUCAAAUCAGAGGGCUCCCAUCUCCUCUCCCAAGUUGAAACUCAGGCCCGAGGUGCCAUGUGAGUUCCUGCUGCAUCUUAGGAAGGGCUGUCAUUGGGGGUGGCUUGGCAGGGCAGGGGACUGGCAGGAGCCCCCAGCAGCGCACAGCCUGCAGGGCAGGGGCUUGGCCAGCUGGAGGCCCCGCCUCCACCCACCGGCCAGAAAGCAGCUUCAGCUUUCUGGCCAUUUGUGACCUGGCUCUUGGCAAGAAAGCCGCCGGCUAGUAUAAGCUGAGUGUGCCCCUCCGGACAUCUGGUCACACAGUGCUCAACCCCAUUGGACAGGAAGAUGCACUCUGGUGACCCAAGCUUAUGCCCAGCAAAUGGUUUCUAACAGAGGCGGCUCUAGGGCUGAAGGACCUUUGUGCCAGCUGCUGGGUGUAACCCCAAACCAACACAAAACGUGGGCUGGGGAAGAUUUGGUGUCUUCAAAACUGCACUGUGGGCCCGAGAGAUGGACAAAAUAAAGCACUGGCCUUGCUCUUGGCUGACCCUGCGCCACACAGUGUCGUGAGCCGACACUGCCAGGUGUGGCCAUACCUUUCCUCAGAAGAAACACAGCUACCUAGUGCAGGAAUUUUUUUUUAAGGCUUUGGGAGGCCCACACCUGGCUGUGCUGAGGACUCAGUCCUGGCAGAGCGUGGGGCCUGACCCGGCCCGGCGGCCUGCAGGCCCUACCUGCUUGCUGUACUGUGCGUCCAGCCCUGGUGCAGGGCUUUCUGCGUGGCAUCUCGGCCGUGCAUGAGAAACUCUGGCUCCCAAAUGGCUGUGUGGGCACCGAGGGCCAGCCUCUGGGGUCAGUAGAUGCUGGGCUGCAGCUUGGGUGCGUGGGCAGUGCCCUUCUGUGUGGGCUACAGUGCUGUCCACUCGUGUUCUGGCUGUGCAGCCCCAUCACCUGGACAGUGUGCACGACCGGGCAUGACGUCAGAAGUCAUGGGGUGGGGGUGGGGAGCCCGGGGCGGCACCGUGUCCAGUGCUGUCCCAGCAUUUACCUACGAGCAUCCCAGUUGCCAAGGCCUGUCCCAAAGGGUUCAGCGUCUUAAUGUAUGCCAAUGUAAGCCUGUGCCUGCAGCGUGCAUGUAGACGUGUGUGUGGCAUAUGCCUGCAGCGUGCAUCGUAGAUGUGGCCAUGUGUGCCAGCAGUGUAUGUGUACGUGGGUGUAUCUGCACCUGUGGUGUGUCACAUGUCCGUGUACGUAUGUAUGUGGGCAUGUAUACCUGUGUGGCUGCAGGUGUGUGUAUGUGGGCGUGCAUGUGCCUGUGCCAGCACAUGCGCAUAUGUGGGUGGGCGUGUCUUAUUACGCAUGUGUGGUCGUGUGGCCUACGGUAUGGAUAGGUGGGAAUGCGUGAGUGUACCUGCAGCAUGUAUGUGUGUGUAGGCAAAUGUCUCUGUGGAUACAUGUGUGCCUGUGGCAUGCUUGGGAAGGCGUGUCUGCAGUGUACGUGUGCAUCUGUGUGUGCAGGUGUGUGGGCACGUCUCCCCUCACCCUGGGCCUGACUGCAGAUGACUGCACAUAAGCCGCUUACCCUGCUCAGGAUACGUUUCAGCUGCCCCAGGAGAACCAGCUGGUGCCUAGUGAUACCCGCCCAGGUGAACUGCUCCAGCACUGCGAACAUGGAGCCACCCAAGGCUGAGAUCCGGUCGGCCACCCGGGUGGUUGGGGGGCCCGUCACCCCCAGGAAAGGGCCUCCCAAGUUCAAGCAGCGGCAGACCAGGCAGUUCAAGAGCAAGCCUCCCAAGAAAGGAGUCCAGGGGUUCGGGGACGACAUCCCUGGAAUGGAAGGCCUGGGGACAGACAUCACGGUCAUCUGCCCCUGGGAGGCCUUCAACCACCUGGAGCUGCACGAGCUGGCACAGUACGGGAUCAUCUAGGCGCCACCCACGCGCCACUGGACCCCCGCUCGGGGUGACAGGAGCGGGGCCAGCCCCUUCCAAAGCCCACUCGCUGUCUCCUUGAAAAUAAAUUUCUGGGGCUGGAGCGAUAGCACAGCGGGUAGGGCGUUUGCCUUGCACGCGGCCAACCCGGGUUCGAAUCCCAGCAUCCCAUAUGGU